UUAAAUCUUUUGUUCACUCUGGCAAAAAAUGGCAGGAGAGGGUGACUCCAUGAAGCAGAAAUCUGUGUGUUCUGAUGGGGGAGAUGAAAAGAUUUACUCUGAUAAGGAUCCAACUGUGGAACUUCUGAACACGAAACAACUUAACUUAGGUCCUACAAAGAAGCUUAUAAUUCUUGGCAUCGGAGGGUUGCUUUGCCACAGGGUCUGCUACAAAGAAAGAUCUCAAGUUCCCAUAUACCGGCAACACGAUGCUGCUUAUGGAAGCUACAAAGUGUACAAGAGACCUUUCUGUGAAGACUUCAUGAAGUUUUGUCUUGAAAGAUUUGAAGUUGGAAUUUGGUCGUCUGCAAGGGAAUGGUACUUGAACAGUGCCUUGGACUGUAUAACCAGCGGAUUGAAAAGCAAGCUGUUAUUUGCUUGGGAUCAAGAUUAUUGUACCAAUACUGGGUUUGGUACCUUGGAGGAGAAAAACAAACCGAUUUUUUUGAAGGAACUAAAACAAGUGUGGGGAAGAAACUGGCACACAGGAAGAUAUUCUGAACUCAGUACACUGCUUAUUGAUGACAAACCCUACAAGGCCCUGCUUAAUCCUCCUCACACAGCAAUAUUUCCUACCGAAUACAAGGCGAACAUUGUUGGGGAUGAUGCUCUAGGUCCAAAUGGGGAGCUGCGACUAUACUUAGCUGGGCUGGCAGAUGCAGAUGAUGUACCUACCUAUGUUAAAGCACACCCAUUUGGACAGCCUGCAAUAACUGCGAGGCAUGCUGAUUGGGAUUAUUACUCAAAGGUUAUCAAUACAUUUUCAAGCUAAAAGUGAAGUGAAGACAGGCGCAAAUGCACCAGGGAUACAGUACAGAUACAGUCUGAUCAAAUAUUUCUAUGUUAUCAUUUAAUUUCUCCUGUUUUACCAGUAUUCUA